UGAUAUUUUGGCGGACUGAAGACUGAUAAAUGUGUAUUAUUUGUUGAAUUUAUGCAGUUAUUAUUGUUUAAAUAAAUAAUAAUUUUUGUACUUAUUAAUUAUUAUAAACGUAAACCAUCCGGAAGAGAAAGAUAAAAUGGCGAGCAAUACUACUGAUACUGAAAAAGCAGAAAAUAAGGUGAAUGUGAAACGAUCCGCGAAGCUAAAUAAGUACCAAAAAGACUUCAUGGUCUCCUUACUAGAGAACUGCCCCAUUGUUGCUAAGGGACAGAUAACACCAGCAUUCACAUUUAUAGAUCAAAAGAAGAAAUGGGAAGAAAUUUCAAGAGAACUUAAUAAAUAUGGCUGUGUAAAAACUGGAGCGGAUUGGAAAAAAACCUGGCAGGAUAUGCGGAGCAAAGCCAAAGCAGCCAAAGCUGCAUUGAGACGAAGUUCUACUCAAACAGGGGGGGGUGAAGGCAUCCCAGCGGAUACCUUGAGCCCCCUGAAAGAACGGAUAUUGGCGAUCUCCGGUGGGGACACCAUUACAGAAGGCCAUGCUGGAAUUGAAGAGUUCGGAAUUGGAGAAACGGAAACCCCUUCAACACCCUCCUACUCUCGUUCCACUACUGUAAAAAGGAAAUUAACUUCUCCUGACUUUGAAGUAGACAGCAUUGAGAUAGAAUCAGAUGAGGAAUGUCGUGAAAGUACACCAAUCAGCUCCAGCAACGUUUUUCAAAUAUUAAAGGUAAUGAAGGAGAAGAAACCUACAGCAAAAGUGCACCUGAAUCCCACUCCCAGUGGCAGUUCCCUGGCUGAAGCAAAACAGGAAUCCAGUAAGAAACCCCCAAUGAAGGAGAAGAAACCUAUAGCAAAAGUUCAGCUAAAUCCCACUCCCAUGCAGUGGCAAUUCCCUGGCUGAAGCAAAACAGGAAUCCAGUAAGAAACCCCCAACAGUUGUGCCUAAAGCAAGCUCUGUCUGCAGUCCCACUCUUGCACAAUAUGCGGCCAUGAGAGCAAAAAUUCAGGCACCAAAACGAACAACAAAGGGUGACAAAGCCUUGAACCUUCAAGACCAAGAACUGAACAUUUUUAAGGCAAUACAUACCGAAAUGGAAACGAGCAACGAUUUGCUCCGAAAAGUUGCUGCUGCUCAAGAGAGUCAAGCCCAGUCAUCGGCAGAAACGGCAGCUUGUCUCACAGAGUUGGUGAAUUUUAUUUUAAAGAAAAAAUGAUUUCAUAUUUUUCUGUUUUAUUAUUAUAAUUUGUUCUUACCAGUUCAUUUUAUUAAAAUUAUAAA